AUGACGGAGAGGAAAUACGCGGUCGCAUGCUUCAUGGACAUAGAGGGAGCAUUCAAUCAAACGAAAAAAGAGGUCAUAACAAAAGGACUACUCGAACACAACGUAGAGGCGCCGAUAGUAAAGUGGAUAAAUGAAAUGCUGACAGACAGAACCGUUACAACCGUAUACGGAGAUGCGAGAAUGGAAGGCUUAGCCAACAGGGGAUGCCCGCAAGGAGGAAUUCUAUCACCGACCCUCUGGAGUCUGGCGGUUGACUCGCUACUAGAAAAGCUGAGAACAGAAGGAACGCAAGUAUGGGGAUACGCAGACGAUAUAGCGAUAAUGGUAGCACAUGAAAACACGGCAGAAGCAAAAAGACAAAUAAACAGAGCACUGAAAACGGUAGAGAACUGGUGCGAAGAAAACGGGCUGUCGGUCAAUCCGAGCAAGACAAAACUACUGAUAGUCACGAGACGAAAGAGGAGAAUGAAUACAAGGGGAAUUAAACUGAACGGAAUACAAUUGAACCGAGCAGAGAGCGUCAAAUAUUUAGGAAUAACAUUUACCAGCAACCUAUCGUGGAAACCGCAGAUAAAAGCAACACUGAACAGAGCGAAAAACAAUCUCGCGACAAUAAACAGAAUGGUCGGAAGCACGUGGGGCCUGACCCCGACAGCCAGCCACUGGGUAUACAAUUCGAUAAUUCUACCAAGACUAACAUUCGGUGCACUGAUAUGGUGGGAGGGAAUCAACAAUGAGAAAGACCAGAAACGACUGGAAAGCUUGCAACACACAGGACUCAAAAGAAUACUAAGCGCAUUCAGAUAUUCACCAACGAGAGCAAUGGAAGCGAUGCUCGCGACUCCGACGUUAUCGCACAAAAUAGAAGAAACAGCGAUAAGAACAGCAAAAUUGCUCAAGGACUGGAACAAGUGGCAGCCAUCGAACAGCGGACACGCCAGCAUACUGGAAAGACUGGUCCCAGAGACAGAAACGAAUCUAAACAUGACGAUGGAAGCACCGACCGACAAAGUAUCGCUAACAUUCAGAUUUGGGAAGAGAUUCAAAACUCAGAUACCAGGAAGGAAAGAGUGGGAAAAAGGAAAACUAAAAGAAUACGAAAACUGGAUAAAAUGGUACACGGACGGCAGCAAAAACGAAGAAGGAGACACUGGAUGCGCUUGGAUAACAAACGAUCCGAAUAAAGGCAACAACGUAUACCUGGGAAAACACACAACGGUCUAUCAGGCAGAAGCAAUAGCGAUAACAAGAUGCGCCGAAGAAAUGAUCGAAAACGAGACAAAGAAUGAAUCAAUAGUAAUAUUCACGGACAGCGAAUCAACGGUUAAAACCAUGGAAAAAUCGAGCUUCAAAUCAAUCGUGGCACUGGAAUGCUAUCACCGACUGACAAAAUUAGCGAAGCAAAACAAAAACGUAGUCCUAUGCUGGUGUCCCGGACACAGAGGCAUAGAAGGAAACGAAAAAGCAGACCAACUGGCCAAGGAGGCUGUCGAACUAAAAAGAACCGGCACAGAAUCAUGGACACCUAUAUCAUAUGCAAGAUUCAAAGCAGAACUGAGGAGCUUCACGCUAUCGAGACUAAGAGAGAGAUGGUCAGAAACAACAACAUGCAGACAAAGCAGACAAAUGAUAAAACAGAUAGACACGACAAGAGCAAAAGAAAUAUUAAAAAUGCACAGGUCAGACACGAGAAUAUUAACGUACAUAUUAACGGGACACGCGCCCCUCAAUUAUCACCUAUUCAGAAUGGGAGUGAAGACGAACGGAGAAUGUGACUGCCACACACGAGAAAUGCAAACGACAAAACACAUACUUCUUCUUUAG